UCUUCUCUGCAGGUGACAUCAUCGCAGCUGAAGUAGAAGGGAAGUUCAGCUCCAGCUUUAAUAUGGACCGGGUCACAGAGACGGACUUUCUGAGGAGGUUGAUUGGGACAAAUGUAAAGGUUACAACUGUUCAUGGCUGCUUCCAGGGGGAACUGAGUCACAUCCAUGCAGAUCGUGCCAUCCUGUUAAUCAGAGUGAAUGAUUUAAGUGCUGGUAAGCCUUUGCCGGGAGCGAAACUAUUUUUUGGACAAGCUAUUCUGAACGUGGAGACAGUAGAAGAACCUUCAGACCAUGCUGGUCAGGAACGAGAUGAGCCAUUUGAUGAAAGCAGUGGUAACAUUCUGUCACAGCCUGGUGUUAAACAUGAAGAGAUGGAUGCAACAACUCUUCAAAGGAUGAAACAAAGCAUUGACUCUUCAGGUGCUGAUCAAGACAUAAAUUAUAUUGUGAUAGACCAGUUCCAACCAACGUUUGGAGCAGCAAUUAGGCAUCUCCAGAAUCAAAAAGUACUGGGUUUAGCGACUGUUGCUCUGAAUGUGUCUCGACAUGGAAAGCUUUGCUGGCUACAGAUGGCAACCAAAAGCUAUAUUUACCUUUUCGACAUUCUUCUCCUGGGACCUAGAGUUUUCAAGAAUGGACUCCAGAUGGUGCUUGAAGAUAAAGGAAUCCUUAAGGUUGUUCAUGACGGCCGCUGGCUUGGGAGUUUUUUGUCCCACCAAUACAAUGUGGAACUUAAAAAUGUCUUUGAUACACAGGUAGCUGAUGUCUACCUAUUCUCAAUGGAAACAGCUGGCUUUCUUCCCAGUUGCACAAGUACUGUUAAGGAAUGUUUGACUCGAUAUCUUAAGCUGUCACCCUCACAAGUUUCUUUCUUAAUAUACAAGGAAACGCUAAUGAAGAACAACCCGAGUAUCUGGUGUGACCGUCCACUACCAACAGCUGCACUGAAGCUACUGUCUCUGGAAGUAGUACACCUUUUGCCUCUGCGCUCAGCCAUGCUCGAUGCCAUGUUGGCUGACUACACUUUGUUGGUUGAUGGUUAUCUUAAUACCUGUAGCCAAGAAUCACCAGAUAUUUUGCCCAGCAGUGAGCCUACCUCCAGGGAGCUUCCAAAAGAACUUCAACAGCUUUCUGUGUUGCAGCAAAGGAGAAGAGAACGGGCAUUGAAGGAACAUGAAGUUAAUAGCCUAGGAUUCCUAAUAAGGGCUGAAAUAUAAUGAUUAAAUUGUAUUCCAUUCAUAUAACUCUGUUUGUUGCUUGUAAUGGUUGUUUGCGGUUUAUUCACUGAAAUAGAUAAAAAUAUUCAGUAGUUUUUCGUUAUUUAUUCUUGUUAAUUUGCGGUUAUGAUACAUUACUAUUCUACCAGUAAACUUUAAUUACAUUUACAAAAAAAGAACAGGUGAGAUAACCAUUCGUCAUGUCCUAGUAGUUAAAAUACAGAAGAAGCGGGUAUUGUUACAGGAACAGAAUGAACAAUAGCAUACUGUACUUUGUAAAACUAUUUUGAGUUAUG